GUUUCCUGCUUCCUUUUUGUAACUAGAUCUGUAGCCGAUUCCCUGACUGUUUGGAAGUUGUUUCUUUUACUGCUGCAAUCAGGGUAGGAGAAAAACCUUAUAGAAACAGCUGGACAUAGCAACUUAAAUCUCACACCUGCGUCUCAACUUCCACAUAUUGCCGGGGCACAGGAUGCUUUCCAUGGAAGUGGAGGAACAGCUAGAACUGAUUUUAAAUGGGAAAGGUAUUGAGGUUCCUGAGAUGUAUGACUCUGCUCCACUGGAAGUCCAUCCAGUAACUGUCCGAAAGACCGUAUGCUACAUUGUAUGUGCAGUUCUUCUAAAUGAAAAGAGUGAGGUGCUGAUGAUUCAGGAAGCCAAAUGGGACUGCUAUGGAAAGUGGUAUUUGCCUGCUGGUAGAAUGGAACAGAAUGAAACCAUCAUAGAAGCCAUGAAGCGGGAAGUGAAGGAAGAAUCAGGACUGGAAUGUUGUCCUAUCACACUCCUGUUGGUGGAGGAGCGAGGACCACGAUGGAUUCGCUUCGUCUUCCUGGCAGAAGUCACAGGUGGAGUUAUGAAGACAACAGAGCAGUCUGAUUCAGAGUCUCUCCAGGCCUGCUGGUGGAACCGGACAACUUCCCUCCCACUGAGAGCUACUGACAUAAUUCCACUAAUUGAAGCGGGAGUUCGCUAUAGAGAAAGUCCAACUCACCCCAGAACUCUACCUCAGGAAAUGCCCUGUAGUCUGAUUUGCCAGAGGGUUAUGGUUGCCUUUACCAAUGACAGCAAUGACUUAUGGGUGUUGCUGAGUACUGUGGAUUGUCUCCAUCUUCCUGUUACAGCCUGUGGCUCUUCCUCUUCGGAGAUUUGUUGCAGCAUUGAAGUGGCUAUUUAUCGACUGAUGAAAGAGUGCCUGCAUCUACCCCUAGUGAAGAUCAAAACACAUGGAAUUAUGGGAUUACAGCACCUUGGAAAGAAUGUGGGGAAAGCUGAUGGAAUCUGCUUUAACACACUUGUAAGUGUUCUCUACAGUGACUCUAAUGUUAGUGUGCCUCCCACACUGAACACAAAUAGACUGCAGUGGUGGAAGGUGGACAAACAGAGUCUACACAGUAUGAUUAUUGAAAGGUUAGCAUCCUGCUCUCUUAUUCCAAUUUGUAGCUAAUUUGGAGACUGACAUAAAGUAUUUUAUAACACUAGUAACAGAGUAUGUGAAAAAAUACUGUCCUGGUAGGGUAUAAAUGCAUGAACCACAAAACUGUUGAGCACUUUUUCUCUCUCUCUGGUGAGCCUUAAAUGCAUGCAUGUUACAUAGAAAAGUAAAACAUUCUUCUGUUCUCUACCAGCUAAUGCUUGUUAACAUGCAUGGAAUGUAAAGCACCAGCUCCUUAGUCUGUAUGUGAAGUGAGGCAGUAAAGUGACUUUUACUUCCCUCUGGGACAUAAAACAUGAGAAAUUAUACUGUAAAGGACUCUGCUAUAUUGGUCUUCCUGACUGAGACUUUGAUAAGAGUUAAGUUCAACAUAAACCGUUGUUAAAAAUAAACGUGCAAUAUUUACAAA